AUGAAGUUUUGUCUCGAUGUCACCAUUAAAAUCAUUAAAAAAAUAUUGCUUGCGUUAGUUACAUCGUUUUUGUAUUGCACCAUCUCCGAGUCUGUGCCAACGUGUCCAACAACAAAUGUAGGUUGGAAGAUUUUUCCCUUCGACGAACAAUUCAACGUUUCGUCCACAUUGUUUAUGUUUAGCACCGUGAUAGUCAUAUCAAAAAUGGACCUAUGGCCGUGCAACAUAAAACCGCAAAACAGAUUCGUUCGGUUUACAGCAGAAGUGCACAUCAAGACUAUAUUAGUGUUGCUGCUGUACGCAACAUUUUGGCAUCCUGUCGUAAUGGCUAUAUCGGUGUACACGGACUUCCUCGCUAAAUUGACCCAAAGCUGGACGCAAAGCUCAAACAUAUUGUUCAAGAAUUGCCCUGUGUGUCUAGAGAACGUUAGAAGCACUAAAUUCAACGCCAUCAUGUUGUCAACGAUACUAUUGGUCAACAUAUUGAGGACGCAGGGCCUGACAUAG